AUGAAAACAAUCAUCUUAUUCUCAUUAAUCGCAUUGAUCAUAUUAGCAGCCAAUUCAGCUCCUGCUCCCGUGCUCGAUGCCCAUGGAAAAGUUCUCCGCGCAGGGGUCAAAUACCGCGUUAAGCCAGCAAAUUCAGACGAUUACAAUGGGGGACUCAUUCUGGCGCAUGUCGGAAACAAGUCAUGUCCACUUGCAGUUGGACAAGACUUAGGUCUGAACAAGGGCCCCUGGUUGACUUUCACUCCGGUCAACCCCAAGGAACACGUGAUCCGUGUUUCCACAGAUGUUAACAUCAAGAUCUCAGGUUCCAACAGUUGUAAUGAGUCAAACAUAUGGCAGUUGAAAUAUAAUGAAGUUAUGAAAGAACAUAUUGUGAUGGUAGGAGGUGUUGAAGGAAACCCGGGGCCAAAAACAUUGUAUAGCUGGUUUAAGCUUGAGAACAUUACUUAUAGCGGUUAUAAGUUUGUUUUCUGCCCGAGUGUCUGCAGCCACUGUGAGCUUAUGUGCGGGGACCUUUUUCCAUUUUUAACUGAUGAUAGUAAUGGGCAACCUUUGGUACUAUAUAAUGCUACUUCUUGGCAUUUCUCUGUCAUCUUCUAUUAA